UCUCUCUCUCUCUCCCCCAACAACCAAACUCAGAAGUUACUGGAGCCCGCUGGCAGCUCCUUCAACCUUACAUAAACCCCGCACAGGCACAGGAGACCCGCGUGGUUCCGAGCAACCAGAAAGUCCACAGAGGGAUGUCCGAACCGACAACGUAACACCAACACACCGGGGCUCGUUUUAGGGACAAGUCGGUUCGUGUUUUUCCGAAGAGGAGGACUUCCUUUGCUUCCUUUGCUGCGUCGCUUUUCUCUGUUUGAACCAGCGGAGCCGAUAAUCGUUAAAAAGAAGAAGAUGCCUCAGAAACAGAAGUCCAAGUCCUGGGUGGACCUGAAACAAGCUGGAAAUGAAAGUUUCAAGACGGGCCAGUACGGAGAGGCCACCAACAUGUACAGCCAGGCAAUCAAAGAGCUGGAGAAGGGUAAAAAGAACCCGGAGGAUUUGGGCAUUUUGUACUCGAACCGUGCAGCAAGCUACCUGAAAGAUGGCAACUGUGCAGAAUGUGUGAAAGACUGCAAUAUGUCUCUGGAGUUGUUCCCGUUCAAUGUCAAGUCUCUGCUGCGCCGCGCUGCUGCCUACGAAGCUCUGGAGCGGUACAGGCUGGCCUACGUAGACUACAAGACUGCUCUGCAGAUCGACUGCAACAUCGCAGCUGCUCACGACGGCACCAACAGGAUGACGAAGGCGCUCACAGAGGCAGACGGUUUGUCAUGGAGAGAAAAGCUUCCUCCCAUUCCCACCGUUCCUCUGUCUGUUAGAGAGAAACUCUCCCAGAAAACUCCAGCCAGCGCUGUACAACAACCGAACCCCACACCGCAACACAACGGCAGCACACAGACAAACAAACCCGCUCCUAGUGAUAAAGACAUGAAGAAGGGCCAGAUCCUGAAGGAAGAAGGGAACGCCCUGGUGAAGAAAGGAGAGCACAAGAAGGCCAUAGAGAAGUACAGCCAGAGCAUCAAACACAACCCCACUGAGGUCACAACCUACACCAACCGGGCGCUGUGUUACCUGUCAGUGAAGCAGUACAAAGACGCUGUCAGAGACUGUGACGAGGCUCUGAUGAUUGACAGCAGCAACAUCAAGGCGUUCUACAGGAGGGCUCAGGCUCACAAGGAGCUCAAGGACAUCAAAGCCUGUGUGGACGACCUCAACAAUCUGCUCAAAGUGGAACCAAAGAACGUGGCUGCCCUGAAGCUGCUGCAGGAGGUACAGAAGAAGAAGUGAGGACACAUCAGGGACUCUGGAGACAGCGGUGAGGAUCUGUCGCUUGACUGCGAACGGAGAGGAGAGGAAGAGCAAUCAUUGAUGUCAGGCGAGCAGUGACACGAUUCAGCCGCUUUAAUUCAAAGACCGGCUCUGUUUCCCAAAAGCUCGCUCACACCCAACACAUGUUUGAUCCGUUUACUCUCACUGGAACAAACAUGAGCUCGGUCUCGAGGCGCUUCUGGAAAACGCAGCUCUGGUCGGUGAGAACUGAGGAUGUAUCAGGAAGAAUGUUUGUAUUUCACCAGUUUUAGUGUCACUGAGUGUUUCUGGUUAUUUAAAAGAGCUGAAAUGAAUGACACACACACAGAUUCUAAGUGAGGGUCAGCUUUUACCAUCACCAGUUGUAAAAGGGUAAUCAGCCAUCACGUGGAGCGCAAACUCACUGACGUUAGUAUGUAUGACAAAAUGAUCUCAACACAAGGUCUCUUACUCGCCUUUUAUGGGCUCCCAUCCGUCCAUGGACGACCACCAGUUGUCACAUGACAGUUUCACACUUUCACUUGUAUUCUCUGAAUGAGUUUGAGGCAUCAAAAUGUUCUGACAUCAGACAGCAGAGAAAUCAGUCUGUUCAGGUUGGAUGAAGCCAUUAUAUCAUAUAUGUUCUGUAUCAUUUUCAAUAAAUCAAUGAACCUGAUAUAUCUGAGGCUAUCUACCACAGUACACAGUCUCUAUCAGUCUAUCAUACCAUCAUGUUCUCACUGCAGUGCUCCUCAUUAGAGCUGCAGAGUAUUACCUUCAUUAUCGAGGCCAGGCUUUGAUUCGCUUCAAUCACUGAGGCGUUUACUUCCUUUUGCACAAAACUCGCUCAGCAAAGACGAGAAAUAAAAGUGAGGUCAUCGAAUAACAUCAAUCAUUUGAUGCUGUCGUGCUCGUGGUUUACCUAAAAUGAACUGAACGACUGAACUGUAGGCCAUCCAACGGCUCGAGCAGGUGGGUUUAUACAUCCAAAGAAUUUCUAUAAAUCCAGAGCAGACGUCUGAGACCUCCGUCCAUCUGAUGAAACCAGGCGAGUAGAGUAACCUGCUUUUAAUUGAAGUUUGACAGUAUUUGACUGUUUAUUUUCUUGAUUAACUUAUUGUUUGUCCUAUAAAAUAUUCAGAACAAUAUCCUAGAAACUUCAAACAGUUUCAGAUUUCAUUCACAAGAUGUCAGUUUUAUUAUGACGUAACACAGAGGGCUGGAGGUUUCUGCUUUAAAAUGACAACUGAUGAGAGUAGUUGCCGGUGAUUGUGAAACGUCUCGUCAUUGUAGCUCCACCCACAAACGUAAAGCCUAUAACGAAGCCCACUUCCUGUCUGAACACUGGUGAUUGUAAAGGCUCAUUGUGGAUUGGAGUUCUAAGUUAACAGCCAUUUUCCACAUAAUGUUCUACACUCAGGUAGUUUUAUUUAUCCUACAUUUGGUUUUCUGAGGCUUUGAGUGUGUGUGUGUCUUUCUCAGUGGAUUGAUAUUUCCAUUCAUGCAGUGUUCACGUCAUAUGGGAUAAAUGGCAGAUUAUCAUCAAAGAUUCAGUAUAUAAUCAGUAAUAAAGCACGGUGUGGAUGAAGUUUGGGUUUAACGUCAGACUGCACUGACGACUGGGCUCUUGGUGUGAACCCUGUUUAUUUAAACUGCUAGCGGCGAUAACUCCGAUAUGACGUGAAUAUUUUGCUUCGACCACAAACGUACAGUAUAUGAGGUUUGUUCACCGCAGCGCCGUCCAAUAAUCCAGAACCUGUUCGAUACACGAUGUGUUCUUACCUUCCUUCCUGCCUCAAUCCAGAUGUCUGAUACACAUCUGUGUCAGUGUGUCACUCUACUGAGAUUUAUGUUUGUUUCCUUUGCAUUUGAAUGACUAAUACGUCAAACCAAUCCUCAACGGGUCACUAUAUACAAAGUACUGUCUCUUUUUUCCAUUUCAUCGUAUUAUUGUGAAAGUGAGAUCGGUGAUCCUGCUGUAGUUUGGCAAUCUCCAUCUUGCCUGAAGUGCCUGUCUUCAUCCUCUGUCUGCUUUUGGAUUAGUUUCUGCAGCAACAACAACGUAAAACAUCAGUUUCUGGUUUAAGACGAACAAGAAAAUCACACCUCCAGUUACGUGUCAUGCAAGAAGAGUUUGUGAAAUACGUUUACACUUAUUUAUGUUUGCAUAGUAAAGCCGAGAAGCUGCACGCUGCGAUCAUAUCCCGACACAGCUGAGAUUCUUCGCUUUAUCACAUUUGUGCUGUUUUUGUCAACCUGCUUCUGUUUUAACUGCAAAUAAAAGAGAUUAACAAUGUUG